AUGAAUAAUCCAUUUCUACCGCCUCCAAAGCGGUCUCUCCAAGAGAUGACCCAGGAGGAACAGGCCGAACAAGGAGCCAAGCAGAUUAUGGAGUUCAUCUCGUCGUGUCCAGGAAAAGCAGUGAUGUCCGGAGUGUCGGGAUUCGUUCUUGGUGGUUUCUUUGGUUUAUUCAUGGCCUCUAUGGCAUACGACGUUGCUCCAGGUAUGGGACCAGGACAAAGUCCUGCACAACAAAUUGCGGAUUUGCCAUUCAAACAGCAAGUGAAGAUCCAGUUCAGCGAUAUGGGUCGUCGAACAUGGUCUUCGGCGAAAAACUUUGGAUACAUUGGGCUGAUUUUCUCCGGUGUCGAAUGUGGAAUCGAGUCCUUGCGCGCUAAGAACGAUCUUUGGAACGGAACCAUGGCCGGAUGCAUCACUGGUGGUGGUCUUGCUAUUAAGAGUGGUCCAACGUCCACCAUGAUCGGUUGUGCAGGAUUUGCCGCGUUCAGUACAGCUGUGGACAUGUACCUACGGAGCGAGAACGCCAAGCCUCCCACCAAUGAUUAUAACGAAUGA